UAUGAUGAUUCCAAAUAUUUCAGUAUUCUACAUAUUAGAAGUCAACUAUAUAUAUAGAUAUCCAAAGAUCCUUUUAUUUUUAGUAUAGUUUUAUGGAAGACUUUCAAGUUAUGUUUAUUAUUGGACCAGAUUAAACAAAUAUUAACUGCAAGCACUACUGGGUAAAUUCAAGUGCUAUCUUUUUUUUUUUUGUCAACCAAGUGCUAUCUAAACCGGCCCACAGGGUUUGGUCGGUUUCCACAAAUUUCAAAUUUACGUAACUAUAGUUACAUUUAUUAUGAAUCACAUAUGAAGUCAAAUGUAAGUUAUGUAACAACCUCAACUACACUAAAUUCAGAUAAAAUAUUAUUUUUCAUUUUUCGUUUCUGAUUUAAAUGUAUACACCAUAACUAUAAAAGACAGAAAUGGAAAAUAUUAUCUGGAAAAACUACUACCUGGGGAUCUUAAAUACAUUACCAGUAGGCCAAUAUAGUUAAGAUAUUCUUGGGUUCACUCUCUAGGUUCACCAACCAAUAGGAUUGUGUUAUUUUAUAUUUGAAAUCUUUUAAAAAAAGAAACAAAAUAUUUUCUCAAGCUAUAAGUUAUAUUAUAUUUUUAAAAUAAAAAGGUAAAAACAAAUAAAUUAAAAAAAGUAGUAAUUAAAAAAAUAUAUUUUUAACGUCCACAGCAAAAUACUAAACCCUAAAUCCUAAUCCCUAAUAUCUAAACCCUAAAUUCUAAACUCUUGGGUAAACCCUAAACCCUUGGAUAAAUCUUAAACUCCAAAUCAAAAAAACUAAACACUCAAGGGUUUAGGGUUUAGGGUUUUAGGAUUUAGUGUUUUUGAUUUAGAGUAUGAAUUAUCCAAGGGUUUAGAGUUUGCCCAAGGGUUUAUAGGAUUAAUGAUUUAGGGUUUAGGGAUUAGGAUUUAGGGUUUAGUGUUUUGCUGCCGACGAUAAAAAUAUUUUUUUUUUAAAUUCGUUUUUCUCUAACUACUAUUUUUUUCUAAUUUUUUUAAUCUUUUUAUUUUAAAAACAUAAUAUAUCUUGACAAUAUUUUGUUUUCUUUUCUAAAAGAUAUUGAAUUUAAAAUAAUGAAAUUCUAUUGGUUGGUGAACCUAGAGGUUCAUCCUAGGGGGUGAACCCAAGAAUAACUCUAUAGUUAAUGGAUGAAGAAUUAAAUGUUUCCAUAAGUUAUACAUUAAAAUUUCUCAUGGUGUCUACAUUUAAUCAAAUUUAACAACAAAGAAUUACUUAGGACAUAUGACAUGCCUCUGACCAUCCAACCAUAUAGUCUUUCAAGGCCAACUUCUAUAUUCAGUCCCCUAUUUAAAAAAUAAAAAAUUGAAAGAAUACUGACGAAAUGAAUUAAAUAUCAUUGAUAAAUAUUUCGAGAGCCAAUGUAGUAAAUACUUCUAGUAUUUCUUUUCACAUACUAAUUUAUCUUUUGGAUGAACAUAACUCGUUGUCCUAUUUUUAUUUCUUUUAUGGCGUAAAAACCUGUAUAUCAGUAUCAAUAAAAUCACGUAAAGAUAUUCACGUGCUAGUUAUCAAUAUUAUAUUAUACAAUCUCUCUAUGCGUGGUUCUAUAUAAAUCUCAUACUUUCAAACUAAUCUCAAAUACUAAUCCCAUGAUCAACAAGAACAAUAUUAAUAGCAACACCUCAUUUUCCCUCUCGUUUUCUCACUAGCCUCUCCCAUUGAUUAAACAAUGACUACUAAUCCCAGUUUUAGCAUCAUCGCACUAAUGACGCUCUUGAUGUGUCUAACUCCAACCUUAAUCAAAUCAGAGGAGGGCAUUGAUGUCCUUUUACCCAUAUCACUCAACCUCACCGUCCUCACCGAUCCCUUCUCCAUCUCCGCAGCUUCUCGCGACUUCGGAAAUAUCACCGAUGUUAACCCCGGCGCCGUCCUCUGCCCUUCAACCCCCGCUGAGGUCGCCCGUCUUCUCCGCUUCGCAAACGGAGACUUCUCUUAUGACAGCGAGUCAACAACCUCCUCGCCAGGUUUCAAGGUGGCCGCUCGCGGCCAAGGCCACUCCCUCCGCGGCCAAGCCUCUGCACCUGGCGGCGUUGUCGUGAACAUGACGUGUCUCGCCAAGACGGCUACACCCGCAGCGGUUGUUGUCUCAACCCAUGGGACUUACGCUGACGUAGCUGCCGGCGCGAUGUGGGUGGAGGUUCUUGAGGCGGCGUUGGCGAGAGGCGUCUCGCCGGUUACUUUCACAGAUUAUCUGUAUCUCAGCGUUGGCGGGACGUUGUCGAACGCUGGAAUCGGCGGUCAGGUGUUUAGACACGGCCCGCAGAUUAGUAACGUUCACGAGUUGGAUGUUAUUACUGGAAAAGGUGGCAUGGUGACUUGCUCUCCAAAGUUAAACCCUGAAUUGUUCUAUGGAGUUUUAGGAGGAUUGGGACAAUUUGGCAUAAUAACAAGAGCCAGAAUUGCGUUGGAUCAUGCACCAACAAGGGUGAAGUGGCUACGCAUACUCUACAGUGACUUUUCGGCAUUUACAAGAGACCAAGAGCGUUUAAUAUCAAUGGCCAAUGAUCUUCGAGUUGACUUUUUGGAAGGUCAACUAAUGAUGUCAAACGGAAUAGUUGACACCUCUUUUUUCCCACUCUCCGAUCAAACAAGAGUCGCCUCUCUUGUGAAUGAGCACCGUAUCAUCUAUGUUCUCGAAGUAGCCAAGUAUUAUGAUACCACCACCCUUCCUAUCAUUGACCAGGUAAUCGACACGUUAACUAGAACUCUAGGUUUCACUUCGGAGUUCAUGUUCAUGCAAGAUGUUCCUUAUUUUGAUUUCUUGAAUCGUGUCCGAAACGAAGAAGAUAAGCUCAGAUCAAUAGGGCUAUGGGAAGUUCCUCACCCAUGGCUUAAUAUGUUCGUACCGAAAUCUCGUGUAUUAGAUUUUCAUGAAGGUGUCAUCAAAGGCCUUCUUCUCAACCAGACCGCAACUUCUGGUGUUACUCUCUUCUAUCCUACAAACCGAAACAAAUGGAACAACCUCAUGUCCGCCAUGAUACCAAAUGAGGAUGUUUUUUAUGUGGUCGGAUUCUUGCAAUCAGCUGGUGGAUCACAUAACUUUGAAGAACUCGAGAGUCUUAACGACAGGAUAAUCAACUUUUGCAAUAACUCAGGCAUUAAGAUCAAAGAAUAUUUGAUGCAUUACACAAAAAAAGAAGAUUGGAUUAAGCAUUUUGGACCAAAAUGGAGUGAUUUCUCGAGGAGGAAAAUGAUGUUUGAUCCAGAAAAACUAUUGUCUCCGGGACAAGACAUCUUUAAUUAGACAUUGAACGUGUCUUAACUUGCAUCCCGCGCCACACAAUAAGUAUGUUCAUAGACUAAUUAAUUAAUAAAUAGUUUAGUGAUUUGGAAUGGCUAAUUUACUUCCUUCAAUUGUAAUAUUUUCCCUCUUUUAUGUGAAUUUCCAUGUCUCUGAAAAUUUAGAACUA